AAGCAGGUGGAGAGUUUCUCCAUUUUACAAAUCCUUGUUUGACUCCAUGCAAACGGCUCACUAAGAAUGGCAAAAAUGAGUCUCUCCUCCUACAUAUUAAUACUAACUUUUUCUUUGCUUUCUCAAGGCAUUUUACUUUCAGCAUCCAAGCCCAUAAGAAAUUUAGAAGAUGACAUGGUAUUUAACACAUUCAGGCUGGGGAAAGCCUUUCAAAAGGAAGAUACUGCAGAAAAAUCAGCCGUUGCUCCUUCCCUGGAACAAUAUAAAAAUGAUGAAAGCGGUUUCAUGAGUGACGAGGAAAACAAGAAUUCAAAGAAUGCAGGCUCCAAACACACUUUCUUGAAUCAUGGUCUGCCACUGAAUCUGGCUAUAAAACCUUUUCUUGCGCUAAAAGGAUCUGUAGCUUUUCCAGCUGAGAAUGGAGUUCAGAAUAUUGAAUCAACACAAGAAAAGAGAGAAAUUGGGGAUGAAGAAAACUCAGCUAAAUUUCCUAUAGGAAGGAGAGAUUUUGACAGUGAGUAG